GAAACAAUAAGCAGGAUUCCGCCCAGUCUGCAAGAGACCCGUCGGCAACUAGCGCUUUUCUCACGAGAUCAAAGGAUCAUUCCAACAAUGCAUCGCGUACAUGUCCUCGUUCCCCUCGAUGACAAAGCUUACUACAGCAACAGUGAGCCUCGGCGAUAUGGUGAGGUGGUAUCCGUCAACAAGAUUCAGAACAUUGUCAGCAAUACCUCGCGCUGUAUCAAGCAACAAGCUGCUGAGGCCGUUUGGAAUACCGAAGUUCAUCACCAAACACUCCGUCACGCUCUGCGAAAGGACGGCGAUCGUAUGGGUGAUGAUCUCGUCGAUUUCUCCUCCUGCACUUCCGCUGGCAUUCAUCGGCAACUACUGGAUAAGCGAGUACAGGCCAAGAUGGUGGACUUUUGCAUCUGCAUCCAUCCCGACGCCGAGGCAGACACGGGAAUCAACACCGCGAUCAAACAACUGCGUGAUGCAUCCCCGUCCGAAUCUGUCAACCAUACAGACUACUCCGUCUUUCGAAACUACCCCAUUGCGCUGAGUAUCGAGUCUAAGAUUCAAGAUGGCAGUGAAGGGGCGGCAACAUUGCAGAUUGGAACCUGGCAUGCUGCGCACUGGAAAUAUCUUUCUCAGCACGCCCACAAAGAGGCCCUGAACCGCCUUGAAUUUUUGCCUGGAUUGAUUGUUCAGGGUGCUCGUUGGUAUUUCCUUGGCUCGACGAGUAGCGACGGUGACACAACCGUGUGGUCGACUCAGCUUAUCGGCGAGACGAACUCGGAGAUUGGCGCGUUUCGAGUUAUCCGCGCGAUCCAGUAUCUAGCCUGGUGGUGUGCGGAAGUAUAUUGGCCAUGGUUUCGGGCGAAUGUACUCAAUUUG